UAGGGCUCUACUCCUUAUCACGUAUUCCUAAAGACUACCUGACCCCUGCAUACUACAGGCUCCUCUUCAGAAUAGAAAGGACUCUGAACCUGCUCCACCCAGCAACCCUCUGGUCUCCUGCAGUGGAGCCUCUACUGAACCUUCCUAGAGGCACACAGACAGUUCUCUAGGAAGAAGUAAACUUAACACCAGUGAAUGAAUCCCUCUGCAUCCACUUAGGCUCUAACCAGUCUGUCCAGAAACUGAACAAGUCCAAGGACGCACCAGCCCUAAUCGUUAACCUUGUAUAUUCAGGGUCCCCGCCCUGCUUUUUCCCUCACUCCCAGAGCCUCAACCUCGAGGAACCCAAGAGAAUGGAAAUUUCUUAGCUCUCAAGAUUUACUGGCAUAGAAACAAGAGGGAAAAAAAACAAACAUAAGGUUUUAUGAAAUGUGGAGAACUUCGGCUUCACUACUGUUGUCCAAAUAGAUCAAGAAACUUGACAUAGUAGUGGACCAUUGACUGGCCUUUGUAAAAUCCGGUCGACUAGUGCUCCAGCCGUACUGCCCUCAAUUAUAAUGGCGGCGCUGUCCUUGUUUUAGCUUCUUGCCCCUAGAUAUCAUGGCUGCCUGGCGGUUUCACGUAGCUUCGCCUAACCCCGGAAGACCAGCACUAGCGAUUGGGCGGUGCCCAAGACACAGAGAAGAAGGCCUCCGACGGUUGGACAGAGCUGCGUAAGGCUGGUUUUAAAGAAGCCGGAGGUGGGAGCUGUCGAAAACCCGGGAUUCUAAGAAAGCUGCGGCCGGAGCCUGGGAUCCCCCAGGGACUCCCUGGAACCACCGUUUUCCCCAUGGACUUCCCUGGGGACUCCAGCCCUUCUAGACAGUCAAACCUGUGCCGCCAGCCCCUAGCUCGAGCAUUAUGGGAAGCCAGGAGCCCGAAAAGACCGAGGCUGCAGCACUUGGGGACUCCUUCGCCCCUGGAAAAGGCCUCUCGGAGGGUCCUGGCCGUGGUGCUGGAAGAUGUCAUGGCUGCAAACAGGGUCCCCCUGGCAUACCAAGAGGACACCUCCAGCCAGAUGCAUCACAACAGUCAUCCAGAUUCUGUCUGCAGACAGUCACCAGCUUUACCACCCCAGCAGGUCAAGUGGCCCUUACAAGCCAGGCCUCCUGACCCACUGCAUUUGUGCCGAGAACCCUUAAGCCGCAUCCACCAGUCCUCUCCCACCUUCAGGAUGAGCUCAAGGGCAGCCUCUGGCCCAGAAGAGAGCCCUUCACAGAAGGUGGACCAGGUCACCCAGCCCACCCUAGUGGUGGUACUAGAAGACAUUGCCAACUCCAGACAACCAGUUGAGGGUUUGGCUGAAGAUGGGCCCAGCUUCAUUGUCCCAGCACAAAGCUCCUUCAUAAGUCUUAAGGGCCAGGGGAAACACUGGCCUAGGAGGGACCUGGACUUGGAAGCACCCCCAACUCUUACUUUGUCCCCUCACCCCAGAGCUGAGCCUAUGACAAAAGUUCAUCAGCCAAUGCCUGCACCCAGAGAACUAGACCCUCCAUUCCAGCCGUCCACUCUGCCUGCGGACCCUCCAGAGAGCCCACUACCGGCUCCAGAUCCUGCUCUGGAGGCCCCAUUGACCCCACCACCGUCCAGCCUUUUACGCCCCCGUCUCAGUCCCUGGGGCUUGGCCCCUCUCUUCCGUUCCGUCCGAUCCAAGCUUGAGAGCUUCGCUGACAUCUUCCUCACGCCUAACAAAGCACCACAGCCUCCACCCCCAUCACCUCCCAUGAAAUUGGAGUUGAAGAUUGCUAUCUCAGAGGCUGAGCAGUCCAGGGCUACUGAGAGAAUUGCAUCUGUCAGCCCCCGGCCCCCUAUCCGUCAGUGGCGGACUCAGGAUAGUGCCCCACCACCUGUCCCUAAAUUAUCUCUGGGCCGAAGCUACUCCUGCCCUGAUCUGGGGCCCCCUGGCCCAGGUAGCUGUACCUGGCCUCCUGUUCCAUCCCAGCCAAGCCAGUCCAGGCCCCGGAGACAUACUGUGGGUUGUGGGGAGAUGACCCGGACCCCACCGCCUCCUCGGCCCUGUCUCCGGAAAGAGGUCUUCCCUCUUGGAGGAGUGGGAGUCUCACCUUCUCUCACUACAUCUUCCUCAUCCACUGCAUCCACUUCCUUCUUCUGCGAACCAGCAGAACCCAGAUUGGGUUCAACCAAGGGGAAGGAGUUAAAAGCCUCAAAGGACAAGGUGCUUUCUGACCCAGAGACCAAGACCACGGGAAAGGUUUCUGGAUUCAGAAUACGGAGGACGCCUGUCCGACUACAACCAAACCUUACACCAAUGGGGCUGCCUCGACCAGUCAGAUUGAAAAAGAAGGAGUUUACUUUGGAAGAAAUUUAUACCAAUAAGAAUUACCAAUCACCAACAGCCAGAAGGACCUUUGAGACCAUCUUCGAGGAGCCGCGGGAACGCAAUGGGACUCUGAUUUUUACCAGUUCUAGGAAACUCCGACGGGCUGUAGAAUUUCGGGACAGUAGCCUUCCUCGAUCCCGUCGACCAUCACGAGGGGCCCGCACUGCAGCUAGCAGGACCCUUACUCCUAACCUGGCACCCAGCCAGGAUGUGGGACGUCUGCUGCAAGAACGGCUGAAGGAGCUAGAUGCCUUGCUCCUAGAGGAGGAGAGAGACUGAGAACAGCCCUGUCAGCUCUAGGAGCUCUCACUGUUUGUCCAUCUGUCCUUCAGGGAGGGGGAAAUCUCUGGGUCAAUUGUAUUUUUUUCUCUAUAUUUCUAUAAAGUUUUCAAUAUGUUUCUGA